CCAAAAUCUCCCUCCAUUUCUCCUGUUCUGUCUCCCCCCUAAUCCACUCAUCAAAUUCCCUAAACCAGAAAUGCUUACUCUCUUAAACCCUAAUUCGUCAGCCUCAAUCAAUCGCCAAUUUAUCCACCAUCAUGAUCAUUGCCAUAUUUGCAAUUACUGAUCUUCCCUGUAUCUCCAAUUUAUUUCCAGAAUGCCACCAACCGCUCGUCCCUCCUCCUGGACCACCAUCGACGCUGAACUUGAUGAGAUUGACCUUGACGCCUCUGACUUUACUUCAUCCGUCCCGAUAAAGAAGGUCCCCAACGGCGACGUCUUCGAGGCCUCACGUGCAGGCGACGUUGAUCGCCUCAGGUACCUCCUGGAGUCCGGCGUUAACGUUAACGCUCGUGACCAGUGGGACUCCGUCGCGCUCUACUAUACUUGCCUUGCGGGUCAUCUGGAGGCCGCACGUAUGUUAUUGGAGACUGGCGCGAUUUGUUCGGAGCAUACUUUUGAUGGCGACAGGUGUCACUAUGCAGCGCUCAAUCUCAAGGUGAGAAAACUUCUCAAGGCUUUUGAAGCGAGGCCGCCACCGCUGGGACCGUUGCAGGCGUCUCUGAGGGACACGUUCUUGGGGUGUGGGGCUAAUCGGCAAUUCUUGGAGCAGGCUGAGGGUAUUCUUGGGAUUUCAGGUGUUUCAUCCAAUGUGGCAGUGAAUUACAAUUCAUUCCCUCCUGAUGUGGUAUUUUAUGUUCAAGGUAGACCUAUUGAAGCUCACAGAGUUAUUUUAAGUGCUCGGUCUUUGUUCUUUAUGAGAAAGUUUGAGACUGAUUGGAAAUCCCGCAACGAAGUGAGAUUUUCCAAGGAGAAGUUGUCUUAUCCAGCUCUUUACAGCCUCAUACACUUUUUUUAUUCUGAUAGACUGGAGAUUGCAGUGGAUGGCAUGGAAGAUCUUGUGAGAAUUUGCAAGGUGUGCAAGUGUGCGUCACUGCAAAGAAUUCUUGAGAAAGAAUUGAUUCAUCAAAAAUAUGCAGAGUAUAAGGCGUUGAGAGAGAUUGACAACUCUCAAAAACGAUUUAUUCUACAAGGCUCAUCACUACCUGAAGAAGAUCGGCUUCCUGCUGCAUUGUAUCGGAUCCUUCAAAUUUCCUUAUCAAGAUCUACCGUGGAUAAUUGUAUCGAUGAUAGUGUUAACAAAUUAGCAUCUUGUGUUAAGUCAAUGCACAUGAGUGAUUCCACAGAUGAUCUGGCUGAUGUAUGUGUAAGAGUUGAUAAGAAAAUGUUCCGUUGCCAUCAGGUGGUUUUAGCAUCAAGGUCGGAGUACUUUAAAGCAAGGUUGUCCCGUGUGAAGGAUUUUAAUGAAGGGAAGGAUGGGUUACCUCAUGAUACCCUUCCUUGUAUUGAAGAACGUGACUUGAGCAUGGAAACAUUUGAGAAAAUGGUUGAGUAUAUGUACACAGAUGGUUUGAAGGAGAUAGACCCAGAUCAGGCGGAGGAAAUGUUUGAUGCUGCUUCUAGAUAUCUAUUAUUUCCUCUUAAGCGUGCUGUGGCUGAUGUGCUGUUGCAGCAUCUGGAAAUGGUCUCACCAGCUGAAUUGUGCCAUUGGCUGAUAUUGUCAGAUAUGUAUGGUGUUUUCAAGAUACGGGAAUACUGUUUGGAGACGAUAGCUUGUAACUUUGAGACAUUUGCUGAUACUCGUGAGUUCCGGGCAAUGCUUUUGACACUACCUCCACCGUCUGGAGAUUCUUCACUUCGCACUACUGUUCCAAGUGCUCCAGGAGCCAUGGUGAAUGUAAAUCAAGGAAAUCUUCUCGAUGAUUUACGGGAAAAAUGGCUUGAGGCUGAGGGUGCUGAGCUUGACCAGAGAGACGAGAGUGCAAUAAUUUUUGACAAACGCCUUGAGUUGCUUAUGCAAGUCGCGAAGCAAGAAAAAUCUGAUACAUGCACUAGCAACAAUGAUGACUGAAUCACAUGAUAAUAGAAUUUAGAACAAAGGUUAUAGACAUUCUUUUUCCACAUAUAUAAAUAAGUCCAUUGUUUUGUGGCAUGUCAAAUUUGUAAGUGAAGACAGAUGUUCAAAUGUGUAAACUUAUAAACGCUUUAGUUGCGUUUUUGUAACUUGUGUUGCUGAAAUUCAGCUUAUUAGUUAAGUUGGAUUGUAUA